CAACCGCCCCCCCGCAGCGCGACCGUUAAACGGCCGUCGGCGCCCGAGCACGCGGUUGAGGAGAGAGCCGCCGCGCGAAGGCCGCUCUAGCCUGCCGCCGCUGCCGCUGAGGGAGGGCGGCGGGGCAGAGGUGCUGCCCGCGGCCGGCGGAGCUGCCCCGGGAGGCGGUUAGAGUGUGAUGCUUCAAAAUGUUAAAGGAAACUAAAAAGUUUAUUGGUAAAUCUCUUCAGCCAGCACGACCUGUGCAUCAUCUGUCUUCCAAACAAGCCAUUGCGUUAAACUUUCAGACCGAAUUACCUAGCAACACUGAAGUAUGUUUGCAGAGUAAGGUUGACUGGUUACCUGAAAUGACUGAAGUGAAGAUCUUAACUCAAACUAUGAUGCCUUGUCAACCAAAACAGCAUGAAUCAGAAGCAAAAAAAGAAAGGAUCAAAUACAGCAGAGAUUUCCUUCUGAAACUUUCAAGUGUUUCUCUCUCUCAGAAGAAGCCAGAGUUUCUUCCUGAUCAUCCAGUUGUGCUUGAUAAGCCCGAAAAGAGCAACCCUUUUGUUGACAUAUGCAAGAAGUGACAGGUUGUUUGGAAG